GCCGGUUCGUGUUGUGUGUCCCGCGCGCGACUUCCGCCUGAUCGACGCUCGUCUCUUCUCCGCGACUCGCGUCGAUACGUUGUCGACCUCCAGUGUUUUCGCGUCCUCCAUCAUUCAGAACGCGGUCACCGGGUCGAAUUUCGAAAACGUUGGUAACUAGUAUCAAUUCGUAGCGUCUCAUAUCGUCUCACGCGUUUCUACGAGCUUGUGUGGUCUUUGCUCGAAAGCGGUUGUUUGGAUUUCGUCGAUCCGGGCAAAAUUUCAUCCUGUACGCCGAUCUACGCCGGUGUCGUAUAGCGAUCGAUGGUAAAUUGUUCGUCGUAACUCCCCAAAGAAACAGUGAUUCAUUGGACGUGCAGGAGAAACCGAAUCCGCGAGCAUCGAUCGAUCGAGUAUCAAGCUGGUCGCGGUACGUCGAUAAUCGUGCGAAAUAAGAAAGUACGCAGUGAACGAUCAUGGUGUGACUCGAGUGAUUAGACUGAUCUUUCGGAAAGAUCGACGAGGUUGACCGGUGGUUGUGUGGUGAUUGGUUUUGGUGGUGGUGCUUGAUACGCUCUUGGGUGUCGGAAACCCGUUGGCACCUGGGCCUCGUUUACAUCGGUUUACUCAUGCUGGGAGUUUUGAAGCGGCGCUGGAAGCCAUCAAAAAGGGCUUCCAGCGUCCGCGGACCCGAUUCGCCCCUGAGCUCGGAUCUGGCGCUUGAUAAGCCUCGCCCCAUACCAUCACCCAGGCAAAUCCACCCCUUGUACGGGGAGAAGGCCGGGCUUCUGGGCUACUGCGACCCGCUCGGUAACGCAGAGAAUUUCCCACCAGCCCCGAACAUCGUUGUCGAGGGUGGCAGAAUCGAGUUUGUGCGCCCCUCGCAGGAUGGCACCACGACACCCCGUAGGAACACCAUGUCUCGUGGCUCGCAGACCUUCAACGAUGAGUCCGAGAAGUCUGACCCUGCGAAGGUACGUCCCUGCCACUACAGCACCACCAGUUCCUCCCCGGCAUCGACGUGCAUCAACGAGAGCCUGGAAGAGCGAGUGCAAGAAUUGGAACAGGCCUUGCAAGCGGAGCGUCUGGCGGCUCAACGAGAUCGAGCGACCAUCACGAAGCUGCAACGACAAAUCAACAAGACAGAGGCCACGCAACGAGAUGUGGAACGCGAACGACGACAACGAAUGGAGGCCGAAGCUCGGGUACGCGAGGCUACGGCUAAAGCUGAGAGAGCACGCUCCAGGGUUCAUCAUCUUCAGGGAGAACUGGCCAGGAUGGAGGAGACGUCACGCCGGUUGCUGCAGCACAAGCACCGGGCCGAACAGCUGAAGAAAGAGAAAACUGCGCUCACGCUUUCUUACGAGGCACGCGUGCAUCAGUAUCAAGCACAGAUCUCGAAGCUGCAGCUGGAGAACGAGUCGAUGAGGGGUCAGCUGCACGGUUUGGAGGCUGCAUGUGCUGGUGAGGUGCAUGCUGCGCUGGUGGCACGUUUGGCGACCUUGGAAACGGAACACGCCGCCUUGGCGAGGGAUGCGGACGCUCAGCGUCGUCAGUACGAGCGGUGCUUGGACGACGUCGCCAACCAGGUGGUCCGCGCCCUUCUAUCCCAAAAGGGUCUGAGGGAAGAGAUCGGUGCAUUGCAGAGGCGCAUCCGCGAGCUCGAGGCUCAGAAUCGAGCGCUUUCAGGAUUAUUGGCCCAGGCCGCGAAUCCUGGAAGUCCGACAGAAUUGAUUCAAGGGAUCCUCGAAGCUGGACCAGCGGCAGUGGUAGCCGCCCUUGGUCUGGAUCCAGCUUGGGUUCCCUUGUCAAGGCCACGCUCGCUCAAUUUACAAAUACCAGUCAUGGCUGCCACGAAAUGUCGAAGGAACAGACCGUUGGUUGAAAUAACCGAGCACCAAAAUUCAGCCCAGAAGCCGUCAGAAGAGGAAGGUAGCGAGAGUCCAGAGAGCGGGAAUAGAGACGAGGGUUACUCAACGAUGUCCAGCGACGUGCAGGGUGAAGGUGCUCGACAAGAACCAUCCCGGGGGUUGGAGGACUUGAAGGAGGCGACGGACGAGACCGAGGCAGACGUUUCCCCGGAUGCACGACUGGUCGCCCUCGAUGCUGGUGAUCCAGACGUGUUGUUUUUGCCGUUGAAUCUUACCGUAGGAAUAAAUCCGCGUCACAGCUAUCCCCCGACCAAAGACUUGCUACCGUAUCAGCACGUGAUACGCAGCUUCUCUGACAGUCACCUGUGCUUGAGGCUCACCACCACGACCAACGUCACGCCGUACAAGCUACCGAGUCCCAUGGGAUCCUCUUCUCUGCUUCUGGUCGAGGAAGAAGGUUGGGAUGCCGAGUACGUGCAGCAGUGGCUUAGGUUGGACGACAGCAGAAGUGCUCAACAACAUCGAGAUCUACUCGAGUUGGAAUACGACCGAGCAGAACUGGAAGAUUGGAGUUUCUCGUUUUCCACCGAGGACCUUGUUCAAAACGAAUCCACGGUAUGGAAGGAACCCGCCGCCACCACCACCCCUGCGCUUCCAGCAAUCAAGGAACAUAAUCCUCUGGAAUUGGAAGAGGACGCGAACGAAUGCUUGUGGAAUGGUGCCAGUUACCUUGCUGAUAGAACAGGAGGCGAAUUGGUUGCGCUUCUCAUGGAUGCCCGGGCGUCUGGAUCAUGGCCAUACGCUACAAGUCCCGGUGCUUCCUGGAGCAGCGAGGAAGGAGCAUUUGAAAAUUCCAGCAAACGAUCUUCGGCGGCGUUAUCCGGCUGCAGCGACGAUCCAGACUCUCCUUCCAUUGGCACCGACUUCACCAGAGAUUUCUACAGACUAGUAAAGUUCGAGAGUACAAAGAGCUUGGCAAGCACAUCGUCGAGAAGCGGAAGACCACCGCCGGAUAGGGAUCAAGCUUUGCAAAGCGUACUGUCUUUUAUCGCCGAACAACAAAUGUACUUGGCCGAAUUACCAAACAAUCUGCUAGAACAUAACACUACGACUCUCGCAGCGGAAGUUCUAGAGGAAACCGAAAACAAGGAUGAAUCUGGAACCGAGGCGACGUGCACCGAAAUAGAAACGUCUGUCGAUCAAGAUAACAGCAACACGGAAAACGCUGUUGAAACGAGCAGUAACGACGAUUUGCUGGAUCAGAUACCUGUACCCUCCCUAGCACCGGAGGAGAGAAUAAUCAGCGCGGUAGCUUGUAAUGGUGGUGUCUCGUAUACCACAGUCGCGCCAUCUGAAUUGGGUGCUGUUCCUGAAGAAGACGAGGAAGCUGCUACUUCCUCCACGCCAAGCACGGUUGUAAGUCCAGCAAGAGCCCCGCUACUAGUCGAAGGUAGAGACCGAUCGCUGAGCUUUCACGAACGUGCCACGUCAAAGGACGUGAUAGACGAGUUGAAUCGAAUGAUCAGAAAGGGGGAAGAACACCCAGUCAACCAAGAUUCCCAGGUGCCGCUCGAAAAAUUGGAUCUCGCUUGCUGCUGUCCGACUGGAUGGGUUCACGUUGAACGAGAAAUUGACUUUACCGACCCAAAAGCAAGAGCCAAUCUUUUAGACGUGAUGCUAGAAAGCAGUGAAAGUUCUUCGGCGACAUCGAGCAGCGGAUCAGCCGGAAGUGACUCGGGGGAUGAACCACCGGAUUACCGUCACUUGCAUAGACUACAUCGAUACCGACGACAAAAGAAAGCAUCGGCGGCCCAGGCACAUCGUGUGCUACGACUGCCGUCAACCUGGGGUUCUUCGAGGCCGUCGAUUAUCGGGCGAGGUGACGAUUUCUUCGUGCGAUAUGGAGAUAAGGAGCGCGAAGCCGUGGCCUCUUUUGACUUCCUCGACGAGAUUGUGGCGCCCUCUUCGACAGGCUCGAACACUAGUCUCAUCGAUCUGGAUGACACACCGUCUGCUGAGCUUCGUAGUGAUAUCAUGAAGCUUUCUCCGCUCUAGGAUGAGCUUCGAUCCAGAAGUCUAUCGUAAAGUUACAUGUUAAAUGAGAACUCUUGUAAGGAUAGGCAAACUGUCCUGUUUUAAUUGUAGACCAUUGCGCAUGCUUAGUUUACACCGCGGUAAAUUUCAGUUGCGCCCGCGUUAAGUUCCGAUAUCUGUAUCAAAGGUACAUCAAAUUAAAAUGUACGAAGAUCAAUUGUAUCAUAACAUUGACUUUUUAUUACUCUUGUUACGUCGUACGUAUGCUUCUUUACACAUAUCGUAAUUUGCAUAUAAUUUCGAUAGAAUGGUACAAGUUGCUUUCCUUGUACCAAUAUAUCCUACGGGUGUUGUGCUAAGGGUCAGUAUAGUUUUAUUGUGACGAUAUCUAUUUAUUUUUGUUAAAUUACUCGAAAAAUCUUUAACACAAACUUUCGAUAAUGUACUCAUUUUCUAUACCAUGAAAUAUAGAGAAAAUUCGAAAAUAUUAAAAACAAAUUUUUUGUACUCUUAUUAUUUUAAAUCAUGUCUCCUUUUUGAAUAACAAAUAAAUAUUCCUGCACAAAGUAAAUUAUGAAAUAGACCAAUGAAAUAAGUGAUUAAAUAUAGCUAUUAUUGUAUUGUUUGCCUAUUUAUGACAGAGGUUCUCAAGAUGUAUGUCUUUUUUUGAUGUCCAACUACUUACUAUUUGUUAUGACAUUCGUAAAUA